CACACUAAUCAUAUUCGAUGAUGAUAAUUUUACGGUGAUGAAUAUAAAUCAACAAUUCAGUGAUGAAUCCGAAAUCGCUACUAUUAAUUGCCCGGUAAUUAUAAUGAAUCCGAUUUUAAUUAAUUUAACAACGAUAAAUAAUAAUUUACCAACAAUCGAGAUAACGCCAUCUGUAGAUGAUGAAAUCAAUCAAAUUGAAUUACCACCAGAACCAUCACCAUCAUCAUCAUCAUUAUCACCAACUAUCGAUUCGAAUUCAAUGAUUGUUUCUUCUAUAUUUCGUCGAAUAUCAACGACAAUUGUUCCAUCAACACGACAAAAACAAUCAAUGACAAUCAAACCGAUUGGAUGGAAUAAUAAACUCGGUUUUGCUGCCGUCAUACUUAUAUUGAUCAUGUUUAUAUUGGAUGUAUUAACACUUUCACAUUUAUUGCGACAAAUUUCCAUUUACGAACGAUCACAAAAUCUAUUGGAACGUAUAAAAUUUCUUAUUGAUUAUUCGGGAACAUUAUCCGAUAUCGAUUGUGAACGACUUUCUCAUAUGCCACAUUAUGAAGAGAUAAUGUCACGGAUACGUAUCAAUUCUACAAUAAAUAAAUCAUCAAAUAAUAAUAUUGAUAAACAAUCAUUAGUACAAGAAUUAUCAUUUGUUAAUGAACAGAAAUCAAAUCUAUUAACAGUUAUUGUUGUUACAUUUGUUGCAAUGAUUAUACAUUUUAUUGGUUUUAUCGGUGUUUUACGACAAUCAUUUACGUUAACAUUAUUUGAAACAUUAUUCUUGAUUAUAUUAUUGAUUAUGAAACCAUCAUUAUCAUCAUCGAAAAUUGGUUGGAUCAUUUGGAUUAUCUAUGCAAUUUGUUUGCCAUUAUUUUUCAUCUAUCAGAUUCGUCUUUAUUAUGUCAAAAUUCGACGGAAAAAAUGAUUGCAAAUGAAAUUUAAUCAUUUUUUUUUCUGUGGUUUGUUUCCACCCUUUGCAUAUCAUAAUAACUGUAAUCAAAUUUUUUG